CGGGUUCGAAGUGCAGCGGUCCCCGCAGGGCUGCAGGAAGUACCAUGCCUAAAGCACCAAAAGGAAAAAUUGUGGGACGGGAGAAAAAGGUCAUCCAUCCAUAUAGUAGAAAAGCAGCUCAAAUUACGAGAGAGACCCACAAGCAAGAAAAAAAGGAAAAGUUGAAGAAUGAAAAAGCAUUGCGUCUCAACCUUAUUGGUGAAAAACUGCAAUGGUUUCAGAAUCAUCUUGAUCCCAAGAAAGGAGGAUAUUCAAAGAAAGAUGCUUGUGAAUUAAUUGAAAGAUACUUAAAUCGCUUCAGCAGUGAGCUGGAGCAGAUUGAAUUACAUAACAGCAUCAAAGACAGGCAGGGAAGGCGACACUGUUCCCGGGAAACAGUCAUCAAGCAGACAAUGGAGCGUGAGCGACAGCAAUAUGAAGGAUAUGGCCUUGAGAUACCAGACAUUAUAAAUUCAAGUAAUCUGAAAACCUUCAGGGAAUGGGAUUUUGACUUGAAGAAAUUGCCAAACAUUAAAAUGAGAAAAAUUUGUGCUAAUGAUGCAGUUCCCAAGAAAUGUAAGAAGAAAACUGUUAUUACAGCUGUAGACAAAGAUUUAGGGGAAUUGGAACUAAAAGAUGAAUCAAGUGACACAGAUGAGGAAAUGACUGCAGUUUGAGAACUUCAAGUUACACUUGAAUUGAUUAUGGUAAAUAAUUGUCUAAUACAAUGCUGCUAUUUAGCUUAUUCUCUUAUAUGUUGAAAAUCCCAUUUACAGAUUCAAAAACUGCUUUUUUUAAUUUAAAAAUGAAUGUUGCUUUUCAAACAUGUUUUAAUUUUUUCCUCAUUAUCACUUAAUCUCACUUAGGAACAUGGGUGAUAACCUGUUUUCUGAAAGGGUCUUAUAGGUAUUUGAGCAGUGAUACCAAAAUUGUUUGCAGUAAUAAUGUGUCACUAAUCUUCCUCAAACAUUAACGUAUAUUCCUUUCUUAUAAAGUAGGGAAAAUUUAUAUACUGAUGGAUUAUUUUUAUUUAUUACCUUUGAACUAGAGUAAAAUGUUUACAAAAAAUCUAUUUUUGUGUCAUCUCCCACACUUAAUCUCAUCUUUUAUUAAGAGAUACCUGAGAUCAGGUUGUUUUUUUCUCCCUUCUCAUUGUGAAAAGUGAUAGGAUUUAUUUGUGAAAACAAGAUUAGAGAACAAAUUAUUUCUAUUGUCCUAUAUUUUCUUCUAAAAGAUAGGUUACAUUGACAUGUAACUAAAUGAAGUACGAAAAACCAUGGAUGUCAUUGACUGUUGUACUUCACUGAGCCUGUUAAAUACAAGUAUUUUUAUGUCAUCUACAACACAACUGUAUUUGAAUAUUUAAGAAAUAAUGUGAGGUUAAUUAGGUAUCAACAAAGUCUUGCUAUCAGUUUAAAAAUGUUACAGCAUUUUUACUUCUGAAAAUAAAAUUUAUUUCCAUAAUAUUGUAAAGUUCUAAUUAUUUUUAAGUGGUAGAAUUGAUGCUUAUUUGCUUGCUUUAGUAAUCUGGAUAAAAGUAUGA